GGCGGUGCUCUUGAUAUUUUGGCAGGGUUGGCUUGGGCAGUCUUGACCGCGAAGAUUCUCAUCUUCCAGACCGUGGCUUGCAGCCACAUGGAAGACCUGGGGAAGUCCACGUCGUGGCUGCGGGCUGAGCUGGCCUCCCCGUCUCCGUGCCUCCACAUCCUGGACUGCCGCAGCCGGGAGCUGUACGACUCGUCCAACGUGGAGCGGGCGCUGAGUGUGGCCCGCCGGGGCUGCUUGCUGCGCCGUCUCCUGAAGGGGAAUCUUUGUCGGUCCUUGCUGCCGGGGCCUCCCCAGGCCCUCAGGGAUAGCACGGUGCUCCUGUAUGACGAGGGAACGCUCCAGCUGCCCCCAUCAGGGAGACAGGAGGACGACGAAGGGUCAGUGCUGGUGACGCUGCUGCAGAAGCUGCGGGAGGAAGGUUGCCCCGCCUACUACCUGCAAGGAGGCUUCCAUAAAUUUCAGGCUGAAUGGCCACACCUCUGUGAGACCAACCUGGACACAGCCAGUGCCAGUAGCUCACCUGUGCCCCCUGCAGCUCCUGUGGUGGGACUGGGCGGCCUGAGCCUCAGCUCCGACUGCUCCGAUGCAGAGUCGGGGCCCCUCAGCAGCGGGAUGGAGUCGGAAGGGGCGAGCCCCCCCUCCUUCCCCGUGCAGAUUCUACCCAACCUCUACCUGGGCAGCGCCCGUGACUCUGCCAACAUGGACACCCUGGCCAAGCUGGGCAUCCGCUACAUCCUCAACGUCACCCCCAACCUGCCCAACCUCUUUGAGAAGAACGGCGACUUCCAUUACAAGCAGAUCCCUAUCUCGGACCACUGGAGCCAGAACCUCUCUCAGUUCUUCCCUGAGGCCAUUGAGUUCAUUGAUGAGGCCCUGUCCCGGAACUGCGGCAUUCUGGUGCACUGCUUGGCGGGGAUCAGCCGCUCGGUGACGGUCACUGUAGCCUACCUCAUGCAGAAGCUCAACCUGUCCCUCAACGACGCCUACGAUCUGGUGAAGCGGAAGAAGUCCAACAUCUCGCCCAACUUCAACUUCAUGGGGCAGCUGCUGGACUUUGAGAAGUCGCUGGGGCUCAGCAGGGCCAGCCGGCGCCCCCCCUCUGGCCAGAGCUGCUUCUUCACCUCGCCAACUGACGACAGCGUAUUUGAGCUGGAUCCCACGUAGGGCCAAAACAGGGCGGUGGCCUCUCUUCUUGUCAUCGUCAUUGGCCUCCUCCUCCUCCUCCUCCUCUUCAGUUUUACCUGCCUGCCCUGGUGGCAGAGUCCCUUUGGGGACCAACUGAAUACCUCACGCCAGAGAGGAAGGCACCUCUUACAGCCGCCUUUGUUGCUGUGGAUGCUGCACACCUUCCCAAACAUGCAGCUCAGCUGAUGGGGCCAGAUCAAUAACCAAAGACCCUCCCCGCCCCCACAACCCUUCCGCCUGCCUCUCCAUUCCCCAAGAUCCCUGGACAAAUGUUGAGUGUUUCCUCUGGACACACAGACCGUGUGGUCCAGACCACCCUGUUAGAUUUUAAAAGAUUUGGAAUGGGCCGUUUUCAGGGCUGGAACCUGCUGGUUGCUAAAAUGCCCAUCUUAUAUAGGACGUUUCCUAUUCUACAGCCAUAAUCUAGAAACUGGUUAGGUUGCAGAACUACGGCUCCCAUGAGAAUCCUCCCUCCCCAGGACUUCUGGUUCCAGAGCUACAUCAUUCAGUUUAAGGGGGGAAAUGAGGGAGGGAGAAUAUGAAAGAGAUAAACAAGUCUCCUGUGGCAGUUCUGUAAUGAAUAAAGGGAUAAUCCAGAUUAGAAACCUAUAUCUCAAAAGGUGAAAGGUUCCCCAACUAUCUAUCUUGUUCUUGGUUCUAGAACCAUGAAUCCAGAACAGUGUCACAGCAUGUAUAGUCUCUGAGACUCUAGAAUUGCCUUAAGGAGCCCCUGCCAGGAAUGGUACAAGACACCAAACAAAAGAAUCUACACCCUUUUAAGCCUUUGGCCUCCAGUUCUAGGAAUUAAUCCUAUCAUGCCUGAUGCAAGAACUGCAGCUCUGGAACUGGGACAGUUAAGGAAUCUCUGGGUCAAGAACCUAUGAGCUUUGGAUGCAGAUUCAGAAGCCUGUAUCAUUCAUCGUACCUCAACCAUCAUCUGCCCCACAACUUCCCAUCCCAAAAGCAGGCCAGCCAGCCACUCUGGAAUUAAUCCAGCUAUUUCCGAAAAGCAGAAGGAAAAUGUGUGGGGUCGAAGCUUCGGAGCAGAUUUGCAUCAGGGAGCCUGCUGGAAGACCUAGAUAAUAGGGGGCAUGGUGAUCAGUUCCUGCACAGAGGUGGAGAAAGUGGAGCAGCUCUGAAUUUCAUGUCUGUGUUUGUACAAAUUUUGAAUGUGUGUAUGCCUUAAUGCCUGCUUGUAUGCAACCAGAGCUGUGUAUGUGAGUACUAGACAGUGUCUGCAUAGCCUGCAUGCAGGGCUUAAUUUGUGGCCAGAACAUAGGGCUGAAACUUGCUUUCAGUGUCAGGUGCUCCGUCCAGGCACAAGUUAAGUAGUAACAAAGAAGAGAGUGCCUCUGAGCAUGGGCAGAAAAACAAACAAAGAAGUAGUAGGUAAAUGGGCAGACUGCUGGCCACAGACUGCUCCCCGCAAUAGGCUACAGUUCUUGGGUAAAAGGAUGUGACUUGUAAUAGGCAUGCAACUCAGCACCUCCUUUAAAAAAAAAUGAAUUAAAUUAACCAUUGCCUGUAAGUGAGUGUAGUCAGAUAACAGAUUGUGCCUGUAUGUUCUAAACUAUGUCCAGGGCAUUCUGGUGCCCCCUGCUUAAUGAUGGUUCCCUAGGUUUCUUCACUGUGGAUCUGCUGGGCUGUGUCUCUGCUGCAAUUCCAUAAGUUGUUGGUAUUUUCUGCAGGAUUGGCUUCCUCCUGAUCCCGCCUUCCUGUCUUGAUCUUUUUUUAAAAGCAACUUUCUUAGCCCUUUUGGCUAUGAAGAUAUGCUUAAAAGUGCUUGCAGGCAGUGCUUGCCGAAGUAAUCUCGAGCAGCUGCAGAAUGAGGGGCUCCAGGGGUCAAAGUGGGGUGGGCUUCAGGGUCCUGCAUAGUGGACCUCCCUAUGAUUAGCAAAAGCAGGAUAAAGGAUGCAGAGUUGUAAGCAAAAAUUUGCAGAGUAACGGUGCGAUCUUACAUGUGUCUGCACAGAAUUAAGUCCUAUGAUGUCCGAUGAGACUUAUUCCUAGGUAAAGGUGUAGAGGACUGCAGCUUAGGUUGUGCAAAAUACAAGCAAUUACGCAAAUUCACUCAGCUAGUAUCAUUCAUGUGGGUUGCAGAAUUCAGCUUUGGGUGGGGUGGGGGGGGGGAUUUGGACUGCCUGGACACAACCUUUAAUUUUAUUUGGCUGUAGACUUCAGUCCUGUGUACCUGUAUAUGAAAAAUGCAGGUCUGUCAUUUUCUCUUUCCCUUUUUUCUUCAUGGCAGCUAAGAGAACUGCCUUAGGAUGGUCAUUUUUUAAUAAUAAUAAUAAUAAUUAAUAAUAAUAAUGGUUGGCAGCCUGGUCUUUGUUUUUCAGAUGAAUGUAUAUGGCUCCGGAGCCAACUGCAGAGAUAGGCAAGGACUGUCACUGCAAUGGGCAACACAGUCACUUCAAUAAAAACAGGCCUUUAAACAAUA